CUGCUAUAUGCGUAUAUUAGAGUGUACAUUGAAAUAAUUGGAUGUUAAAAUUGGAUUCUUUCUGGUGAGCAUUAAUGGAAGUUGGUAUUGCCAGUGGUGAAGAUAAGAUAAUGACCGCAACUUCAUCGAAUCAAGAACUGCAAGUUUCUAUUUCGUUUGGUAAGUUUGAGAAUGAUUCACUGUCAUGGGAGAAGUUUUCAUCUUUUUCUCCAAACAAGUACUUGGAAGAAGUGGAGAAGUGUGCAACUGCUGGAUCAGUAGCUCAGAAGAAGGCUUAUUUCGAAUCACACUACAAGAAGAUCGCUGAGAGGAGAGCUGAUAUCAUUUUGGAGCAGGAGAAACUAUUGGAGAGAAAUGCAUCUUUCAGGCCAAGUGUUCAGAACAGGGAAAAAACAGACAAUAGUGACAAUGACGAGUCAAUGAUGAUUGAGUUUAGUGCUGGUUAUGGAUCUAACGGUGAAAGUACUUCAGAAGAAGAUAAGCUUGUGACUAGCAUUGCUAAUGAAGUGAAUGAGACAUGUAACCAUAAGCCUCUUGAAGAAACUAUGGAUUUCGUGGAAUGUCGAAGCUCGGUUGAUGCCGGGGAUGAUCUGACUACCCUGAAGUUGGAGGAGAAACUUGAAGAGAUUGUUCGCGUAGAGGAAAACCGAGAAUUGAUUGUCCAAGUGGAGGAUAAAAAGAAGGCAGAAGAGGUAGUUUGUAUAGAGGAGGAAGUAAAACAAGAAAUGAAAGACGAUAUUUCAUCAAAGGAUACCGGCGAAAUGAAUGAAAUGACAAUGAAAGAAACGAAGAAAGAGAAAGAUCAUAAUCCAAUCAAGAAGACAGAUAAAAAUGUGCGAACGAACAAUAUGAGAGCCUCUCCCAAGCCUAAUCAGGUGUCCAAGAAACCGGUAGCGAGCAAGAUUGUAACAAGUACAAAAACUCAACCAAGCAAGGAAAAGAGCAUGACAAAGGCAACAAAUAAAGCAGCAUCACCUGUCUUAAAAGCUCCAGGGUUUUCAACUCUAAGAGUGUCUAAGCCAGCUUCAACAAUCAGUUCAAUGUCUACUUCUCGCUCUUCAGUAAAGAAAGAAAAUGUCUCGGCUUUACCGAGAAAGAAACAAACUGCUCCAAAGUCAUUGCAAGUUCCUCUCAAUGUGGAGCAGUUGGGCUCUGAUCCUACUGCUGUUCCAACAACAAGAAAAUCGUUGAUCAUGGAAAGAAUGGGAGAUAAAGACAUCGUUAGACGUGCUUUUAAGUCUUUUCAGAAGAGUUUCGACCAAAUGAAAUCUACUGGUGAUGGGAAAGAUACAGCUCCAAAGCAGGUUCCUGCAAAAGCAACUGCUGUUCCGAGGUUAGGUACAACUGGUCAGAAAAAUAGCAGGCUUGCAAAAUCAGAUGGCACAGAGAGAAAAGGUUCUAACUCUCACCGUUCUUCAUCUGUUGUAUCAAAAAGCAACGGGACAGCCGAGAAACAGAAGGAGCCUUCAAGGCUUGGAACAAGAGCUGUAGAGAGGAUACACUUACAAGCGAAACCGAAGACAGAAGCAACCAAUGCCAAAACUCGGAGGCAAAGUCUAAAUCAAAAAGAAAAAUCCAUUCAAGGACCUCUCCCAAAAGGCUAUUCAGACAAAGUACUAUGAUGUAACAUAUGAGCAUUGUUUUUGUCUGAUCUCCUGGAGAGUUUCAUGGUACUGCGGCUGAAGUGCAAAGCCAAGGGCUCCACCAACAUUUUUCAGCA